UAACCUAUAGGACAGAGACUGCAUGUGUGUCUGCCAGUCUGCCUGCUUGCCUUCUCCAACAGAGCUGGAAUCUGUAACAGGACACCAGGAGUACCCCACCCUUGUACAUAACAGCAUGUGAUACUAAUCAGUACUGUUUCCAUAACAGUUCUCUGCUGUAUGGCACACAGGUGAUUCAACUGGUUUAUUCUGUAGGCAGACAAACUUACCUUCAUCAAGCUUUAUACACACACACACACAUGGAAUAAUGGUGGAAAGUUUUGCCAGCAGAAAGGCAUUUUGUACAAAACCAGCAUAAUAUUAAUGCAGCAGUGUAAUAUUUACCAGUAUUGAACACUGGAUGACAAGAUGAGAUGGAUCUCUUUUUUUGGAUUAAUCAGCAAGUGCAGAAGAUCAACUGGAGUUAUAUACCAAAGCUGGGUUGUUAACAGUGAGAUGUCCUAUUGAUGAAGUUUUGUGAUGGGGAAAAUUGACUGGAGUCGAUAUAUUGACCAGAGAUCACUGCUCAUGUGAGAGAACCAGUCUGUACAGUUGAGGUUCAUUGCCAGCAGACUAACUGGCUUACUGUUAAUUAUAUCUGUGCGGCUAUAACCACUGAUAUUGUUUUUUCGUGUCCUGCUCGCCUGCAAACUCGGUGCAGUCAGUUAUGACCUGACAUGCAGUUAAGCACAACAAGAAGUUACGGUUUUGCGUGCACAUUCCUAUUGUGAUAGAUAUUUUAAUCACAAGCAGACAGAUCUUCGUGUGUGAAACAGUGUUGUGUUGAUAGAUGUCCUGGGUCCAUUAUCUGUCAUAUUUCUGUGAGUGGAGCCAAUUUUCAUGAGCGAUGGGAGUCUUCCAUUAAGCUUCCAGCAACACAUGUAAUUGAAACAAGUGAGUCAAGGCAAUUAGACAAGACAAGAUGAAAGUCUAAGUUACAGAACUGGUGGUGGGUUGUUUUUCCACAUGAAUACAGAAGGAUUAUUAUUAUUUGAAAAUAUUACUGAUGUUGACUAUCCUCCUUGCUGUUUAUCUGUACAAGUGAAUGCAAGAGCUUGGGAUGGUGUACUGUGUAUUUAAUUUGAUUGCUUUUUCAUGAGGGAAAACAGCAGGAGGUACUGACAAAUGCCUUAAAUUGUGAAUGCUUAUUGAGAGAACAGACUUUAUAGCAAUCAUGUUGUUGUUAUCUUCUGUUACAAACACCAAGCAGUCAUAGGAGAAAAACAUUUCAAGGACUGUUAAUUCUAUUUUAAUGAAGUAAGAUACAUGAAGUGCAGAAUACUCAACAAAUGCACUGGAUUUGGAAAACACACAAUUGAGGUGGAGUAAAUUAUCUGAUAAAAGCUGUGCCAAAAACAUGACGGAAAUGUUACCAAACUGCAAGGAAUUCCUGUAUGUAAAAGAAAAACAGAAAUCAUAACAAUGUAAAGUGUUUUUAUUUCAAGACGGUAGAUAGGAUGUCAAAGCAGAUAUAAGGAAAUUUUGUAUGUUCAAAAAAACAAAAAAACAAACAUAUGACAGGGUAAACUUGAGGAUUUGUCAAGAUGGCCGAUAUAAGAACAUUUUGUAUAUUUUAAAAAACAAUUUCAUGACAGUGUAAAGUUGUUUUUUUCAAGAUGGCUGACAUAAUGUGAGAACAGAUAUAAGGAAAUAUUGUAUGUUUAAAAAAGUAAAAUAAUAAAUGAUAGUGUAAAGUUGAGGUUUCUUUUCCAAGAUGGCUGAAGUGGUGUUCACAUUUGAAACGUUCCUGACUAUCGUGAUCUCCCUUCUGAUCAUCACUCUGAACUGCCUGAUUCUGAUGGUGGCCUGCUGGACGCAUUCCUUCAGGAACGUCAACCGAUGCUUCCUCUUCUCCAUGAUUGCAUCCGAUCUGUUCAUGGGCAUAUUCGUCACUCCAUUCUCCAUCUUCAACUCGCUGUACAACAAGUGGAUUUUUAACAGCAACGCCUUCUGUUACAUUGAAGGUUAUCUGACAGCCAUUUUUCUAAUAUCUGGUCUCUAUUCUCUGACGUGGAUGAACGUGGAUCAUUAUGUUGCCAUUCGGAAACCGGAACGCUACAAAGUUGUUAUGUCCGCUCCGAGAUCAGCCUGCUGGGUUAUUUUCGCUUGGAUUGCAGCAAUCUGUUUUUCCUGCCCUCCUUUAUUCUCCCUGAAAAAAGCGAGAUACUAUGCCGAAGCAUUCAUUUGCGUGAUCGACGCCAAACCGCAGAGGUACUAUUUCUUGACGGCAGGUUCGCUCGUCACGAUUCCAUGUGUCUUGACACUUGUUUUCACCAAUGUGUAUCUGUUCACAAAGUCAUACCAGACGCGUUUAAACAUAUACCAGCGUGUGUUCACAGACCGCGCGACCCGGCCCUGGAACUACCACAUCAGCAUGGUCGUGUCGGUCGUAUAUACUGCCACGUGGACGCCGUUCUGCGUGCUGCGGCUCUACGAGGUCGCACACAACUACCAGGUGUACACGCCAACCCUGCUGCACUUCUACUUCUUCUGGCUCGGCAUCAGUAACUCUUUCAUCAAGUUCUUCAUAUACCUGAUCAUGAGCCGGGAGUUUAGGGACGGGCUCUACGAGGUUUUCAACGCCGGCAGUUUAGACUGUUCGUGCUCAGGUUGUGCGAGCUCCAGCAGCAAUGUGAAUAUUAAUCACAUCACCAAUUCUAAAAUGGAUUAUAUGAAAAGUAAGGAACCCUUGCAGAAUGUGUGAAUGUACUAGUAUAUGCUACAUGUACCUGUAUAUUUGUAUAUUAUUCAUUGUUAAGUAGUUACUGAUUGAGAGACAUUAUAUCUUGUUGGAGCAUAUACAUGUGUACAUCAGUAUAUAUCAAAACUGUUACAAGAAAAGUGGCAAAUAAGUGCAAUGUUUGUAAUUAUGUAUUGUAUCUUUCUAAUUAUGUUGUUGUAUUCUUGAUUUUACUAUGUACCAUACCAUAUCUAAAAAUACCUACCAUAUUGCCUAACUAAUCCCAUUUUCUCUUCACUGACUCUAUUUUCAUUCCACAAAUGUUCUCAAAUUUCGUUUCAACUCGAUACAUUUACAAGCAGAUUGAGUUACAUGUAUAUAUAUAUACCAAAAAGCCUGUCUGCAUAAUUAAACAACCUAAUUGUUUUGAAUGUAUUUUUAUCCCUGCAUGAUUGAAUCAGGUCUAUAUUAUUUAUUGUUGCUAUGACAUACUGAACAUUGCAAGCACUACGCCAAAGAUGAGCAUUUGUGUUGUUAUCACAUUGAAUGGUUCUUAAUUGUGCCAGGUACAUACAUAUUUAACUGCAGGUGUAUUUUUUCUUUGAUGUGCUUUAAAGGUAGUCUCAAAGUUGCAUAAUGGAAGCUUCCCUCCAAAAUUAUUUAUUAACUUUUCCUUUGAAAUACAUGUAUAAAUAUUUCAUCUUCAACUACAAUGUAUAUGCGUAUACAAAAUUACAACCAAAUACAGUCAAACUUCGUUAACUCGAAGUUGAAGGGGAAUACGAAAUAGUUCCAGUUUCAGGGAGUUCGAGUGUUCGAAAUUUGUACAGCAGACCUCAGAGUGAAACUGCAUUGCAGUAUUAUCAUUUCGUUGAUAUCGGAUGUUAGCACAUUUCUUCUGUGUAUAUGAUAAAACUAAGUAAAUAUUAACAGAAACGAGAUAAAUCCGAUCCAUUUGACGUACAUCUCUAUGUACUUUUAUUGUAUUAAUUGACAGUAAAGUAAAAAAAAAAAACGAAAACUGAAAGCACGUACUUACAUAUAACUGGAAGUAAGCGAUAAAUUAAAGUUGAUGUAUUUUUCAAAUGUCAAAACAAGGCGGAACAUAACGUUGUAAUAAAUUAAAAUACUGAAUGUCGAUUAGCACUAAGUACGUUUGUUUAUCAAAUAAAAAAUACACAAUAUAAAUAGCAAAAUUAUUGUAAAUCACAAAAAUCAUUUUAAAAACCCUCACUAACAUAGCGAGACAUAACAUAACAAAUCAUACAGCCAAAUAGCACUAGGUUAUGUACUCUUUUUUUUAGAUAUAAAACAUUCACAACAGUACAAAAUAAUUUAUAGCUCUCAAAUCACAAAGUACAAAGAGCAGAACUAUCCGAAAUUUUUUGUAAUUAGAGAUUGUUUGGCACACUUGCUUAAAAAAUUGUCUUUCAUUACUGUGUCUGUAAUCUUGCACAGAUUGAGCAGCAUUUCUUCCGAAUGUUCACGGUUCUGCAAACAAACAGCAUUAAUUGUUAUUACAACAGUUCUUUGAAGAUUACAAGACUAUCCGUACUUUGUGUAAUGAGGCCCACUGCCGUGUACAAACACCGACAACCCAAUGCAGGCAUGUAGGAUCAUUUCGUUCCGCAUAGUCGGCGAUCUAUUAUUCUGUAAUUACCGCGUGUAUCAUCGAUAGCCGAGACCAGUCGGGGCACUCACGCUUGGCAUGGGUGACAAUUCAUUUUUCUUUAAAGUAUUACCGGUACAGUUAAAAGGCUCAGUCACUCCACAAACUUUGAGUUUUGGAAGUCCAAUAUCCCUUUUUUUUUUUUAUGGUGGGACCACAAAAUUACUUCGAGAGAUAGAGUUUUUCGAAUGUUCGAA